GAGCUGGACGCGUUGGGGUCUCAGGUGUUUUCAAACAGACGCUCCAAAAGGGCGUGGACACGGGUGAGACAAUGGCGCUGUGUCGAGGUGGAGGAACGUCCUGUUUCCUUCUCCUUCUGCUGUGCCUCAUUCCCGCCCUCGCACAGAAUCUCGGGAGGCCUGAAGAUGACCCCAGAGGCAUAAAGUACGGCUCAGAUAACAGGUGGAGAAACGUGUUGCAGCUUAAUAGUCCGCGAAUGAGGAAUCGGUACAACCACCCAACGCACAUGAUCUUGGCCCCCCGCACACUGCGUCCAGGAGCUGUAUACCGCUGUGUUGUGUCUAUCCUCUACCUAGAUCAUCCUGUCGAUGUUCGUGCAUCCCUGCAGAAGGAUGGAGUCGAAAUUGCGUCAGCCAAACAGGAUAUCAUUAAGGGAUAUCCAGAGACUUUGCUCUUACAGGUUCCUAGAACAAGUGUCGAUGGGCAUUAUCGUCUCCGAGUGGAGGGUAAUAUACCUGGAACAAUUGGUGGCACCAUCUUCUUCAAUGAUACACGUCUACAUUUCUCGACACGCUUCCUGACCAUCCUAGUCCAGACUAACAGGCCUGUCUACACGGGAGACCAAGUGGUGCGCUUCAGAAUCAUCUUGCUGAAUACGGAACUCAAGCCCUAUGAUGAUCCCGUGGAUGUUUAUAUUCUGGACCCAGACAACUACGUGAUGCGUCGCUGGCCUUCCAGACCAACCAAUGUAGGUGUCGUGUCCAUGGAGUUCACUCUGCCAUUCCUUCCCAAAGUGGGCUAUUGGGGCAUCAAAGUGCUUGUUAAUGGGCAGGAGGAAAUCAAGAGGAUUAAAGUUGAGAAGUGGUAUACACCACGCUUUGAAGUAAAGAUCUUCAUGCCAAAGUAUUUCUUAGACACAGAUGAAGCCAUUGAAGGUGUUUUAGGUGGUGAGUUUGGCAAUGACAAGGGAGCUUAUGGAAAUGCAACACUCAAGCUGUUUGUGAAGAAUAAGAUAAAUCCUAAUUGGACUUACGUCACAGAGCAGAUUUUUGAGCCAUUCGAGGGUGAGAUGGACUUCAGCUUCCCAAUGGAAGACCUCUCUAAGCGCAUUUCUAACCUGGAUGGUUCCGAAAUCCGACUGGAGGCAGAGAUACAGGAGACCUUCAUGAUGCUCAAUGAAACAGGAUUCUCCAUGGCUAAGAUUAUCAAUUCCUCGGUCAAUUGCCGUUUUCUAGGCUCUCCACCCUAUGUCUUCAAGCCAGGAAUGCCAUUCGAAGCAACAGUUGCAGUGUCGUAUCAUGACCUUGAGCCCCUUGGAGAGGAAAAACUGCAUGGCUCAAAGCUUGUCGUGAAGGCAGAGGCUGUCUUAGAAAGUGGAUCUCGUCAAGUAGUAUACGAUAUUGAGAUCCCCCAAGUUAACUCUGAGGAUGAGGAGCGCGAGUUUCUAGACCAGUCAUGGAAGUACAACCGUAAGGCCCAGGACUACCAGGCUGAGGGCUACAAGCUUGAUGACUACGACUAUAACUUUAACUUUGAUUAUGAAACUGGUAGUCGCUACCUUACCGAGAAUGAGCUGGUGCAGAAGAAGAUGGAGAUGUUUGUCAGAAAUCAGAAGUUUCAGAAAUACCGCGAAAAGGGAGUGUACCAUUUUGUAGUAGAUGUGCCGGAGAAGACAGCUGCCCUCAGUCUCACAGCCUCGUACCAGGAUGACACUGGCAGCAUUGCAGCAGCAAAUGCUAAGGCUAUCGCAUACUAUUCACCCAGGAAACUGUACAUUGGAGUGGAGACAAGCAGCAGAGAAGCAAGUGUUGGCGAGUUUGUGGUGUUCCAUGUGAGGUCCAACUUCAACAUGGAGUCAUUCCAUUAUCUGAUCAUGGCAAAGGAGAUGAUCUUAUAUGCGGCCAAGGAAGUGCUAGAGCGCACAAGCCGAGCCAGUGUCAAGACUGUCUCAGUGCCUGUCAGCUCUGAGAUGGCACCUGCAUUUAAGAUAGUUGUGUACACUACUACACCCAACCACGACAUUAUCUCUGAUUCCCUGACAAUGCCUGUUGAUGGCAUAUCUCGGCAUAAGGUGAAGCUUGUCAUCAACCAGGACAAAGACCACAGCAAACGUACGGUUGAGCUUGGCACCUACAGCACAGCAGGGGCAUUUUAUGGAAUUUCAGGUGUGCGAGAGUUCACCUAUGCCAUGCGAGGAGGGAACGAGCUUUCCCAUGCCUCUGUGCUGAACUCCCUUCACGCCUUUGCUAAUAACACAAGUGCGAGAGUGCGACUCCUCGGCGUGCAAGGGCCUCCCGGGGGCUCAGGAUGGGGUGCGGUGAACUUCUCUGCUCGAGGGGUACGCUCGCUCGGCGUGUCAGAGGGCCAUCCGGGGGCUCAGGAUGGGAGGGUGGUCCUCGGCGCUUCGCUUGGGUCGGUGAAGUCUGGGAGGGGAGCUCGCGUGCCUCCACAGGGCCCUCUCGUGGCUGCCUUCCUACUGCGCAUUCUCUUCAAUCCACAAAAUGGCUUGGCGUCGCCGCGCGAGGGCUUCGAGCCGGAGGAGGUGGAGUAUUAUUCUUCAGGAAAUUAUGGUCCAGAUGCCAACAGGACUUUCGACUUCAAUGGAAUCGUCAUUUUCUCUGAUGCCAAUGUUGGAGUUAUUCCUAGCUAUGCUGAAAACCGCUGCAAUAAGUCGGAGGGAUACUCACCCUGCCUAGUUGGGGGGUGCUAUCCUUCAUACAAGCGCUGCGAUGGCAUCCAGGACUGCACAGAUGGAUAUGAUGAAAUCAGUUGUUUGGAUCCUUUAGAGGACAGGGAGGAGGACUUCCGCAUUCACCGAUACCAAAAGUUCUCUGAUUUCUUUGAUGCAGAAGAUGGGGACUGGCUUUGGCUUGACAUUAAUAUUGGUCACAAGGGUCACGAGCAGAACCUGGUAGAGAUGCCAAAGGUGGACGACCCUUACGUGCUCAAUGCCUUCAGCGUCAGCAAGGAAUUUGGCUUCGGCUUGGCUCCUGCACCCCAGUGGUAUUCAAUCAUUCCGCCCGUCUACGUCAGCCUGGAAAUGCCUGACUCUUGCCGCAGAGGAGAACAGGUGGGCAUUCGAGUGAUGGUGUUCAAUAACAUUGAGACGGAGCUUCUGAUCCUGCUGGUCCUUCAUGGUUCAGAUGACCACCGCUUCAUCAUGGUGGAAGAGACUGGUGUUGUCGACUUCUACCGUCCGCGCACCAUGGCAGGCGACCACCAGCAUCUCGUAUCGGUGCCUCCUGAAUCUGCGAUGGAGGUGAUCUUCCCCGUUGUGGCGACCAUUGACCAGGGCGAGAUUGAGCUCACUGUGUCGGCCAUCUCGCAGAUCGGCCGAGAUGAGGAGACUGUUACGCUCAUCGUUGAGCCCGAAGGUGCCACCAUUGACCGCCACACCUCGAUCUUGCUCGACCUGAAGAACCGGGCGCUGGUCUAUGAGUACAUGGACAUCAUCGUGGAGGAGUCGUACGUGAUUCCGCUCCAGAUCCGACGUCGCUUUGUGGCUGGGUCGCCCAGGGGUCAUGUGUCUCUCUGUGGGGACGUAGUUGGUCCGUCCUUCCCCAAUGACGAGCCUGUGGAUUCCGUGCAGAUGCUACGCAAGGAACUCCGCGGAACGGAGGCCUCGACCUUCAACUUCGGCGCCAACCUGUGGACACUGCACUACCUCCGUCUAACAAACCAGCUCGACAUCUCCGAGAGGCAGGACAUCUUUGACCAGCUCAACGUCGAGCUGGCGGCCAUCAUGUACCGCUUCAGCAGCGAGGGCUCCUUCAAGAUGUGGGACACAUCACAGCCUAGUGUUUGGCUGACGGCGUGGACGACCCGCACAAUCCAGAUGGCGCAGUUCCAGGACUGGGAGAAUAUCAUCUACAUCGAGCCGCGGAUCAUCUCGAAGGCGAUCGAGUGGCUCAUCAAGUACCAGACCCCUUCGGGCGCCUUCAUGGAGACCCCCGCUUACCAAGCGGUUCCUCUCGACAAGAAGGCCGAUGCUUAUUCGUACGGGUACCGGUGGCGCGGCGCGAGGAACAUCACCCUGACGGCGCAGUGCCUCAUCACCUUGGAGCGCACCAUCAACUCCCUCCAGGGCAACGUUCGCGCCGAUGCCAAUAAUGCGAAGAUUCAGGCGGUUAGGUACCUGGAGCGCGAGCUAAGGAACAUCCGGGACCCGUACGAGGUGGCCAUCGUGGCCUACGCUCUCUCGGUCUCCAACUCCGUGGAGAAGGAGGCCGCCUUCAACCAGCUGGAUCGCAUCAAGAGGGAGGAGAACGGCCUGGUCUACUGGUCCCGAUCGCCCGUGCAGACCAACAAGCGCGUGUACGAGAACAACCAGAGGAACCUCCUGCAGCCCAAGUUCGAGGAGGAGUGGGACUCGCACGCGGUGGAGGCCUCGUCCUACGCCCUGCUGGUCUACCUCAUCCGGGAUGGCGUCAACAUCAUCCAGGAGAGGAUCGUCGAGUGGCUCAAUGCCAUGAGGAUGCACGACGGAGGGUUCAUCUCCACGGUGGAUACCCUCGUCGCUCUGGAGGCCCUGACGGAGUACUCCUACCGCGCCCGUCUUCGUGACCUGACGGACAUGCGAGUGACGGUGGAGGCGACGGGCGAGGAGGGGCGGUCGCCGCACAACGUGGUCAUCUCCAACAGCAGCGUGUCCCAGAUGCAUAUCAUUCCCAUCAAAAACGUGUGGGGUUUGGUGAACGUCGUGGCCCACGGAGCAGGACAGGCCAUCCUUCAGCUGGACGUCAGCUACGGCAUCGACUGGACAGAUCUCAAGAAGCAGCCUCCGGUCGACGCCUUCAAGAUGGUCAUUAACGAGCGCUAUUCCAAGUUCCGCAACAAGUCUAUUUGUAAUGUGGAAAUUUGCGCCAGAUGGACCAACUUGGAGGAGUCGCCCCAGAGCUCGGCCGCGGUGAUCGAGGUCGAGGUCCCGACGGGCUACGUGGCCUACCAGCUCGACCUCGAAAGGAGCAUCUAUCGUGCGCAGAUGAGCGGGAACUUCCCCUCGCUAAGGGACGUCAUCGGGGGUCACGGAGACACGUUUGCCAGGAAGACCGUGUGGUUCUUCGAUUAUAUACCGGGUAAUACGACCUGGUGCUUCGAAUAUGUGAUGAAGAGAUGGUAUCCUGUUGCUAACUUGACGAGGGUCCGUAUGGCUACUAUCUAUGAGCAGUAUCAACCAGAGCGCUUCCAGAUGGUGAUGCUGAAUUCGACCGUAAACACCCUGGACGUAUGCGAGGUGUGUGGCUCGUACCAGUGUCCUUACUGCCCUAUCUACAGUUCGGCGCCGUCGCUGAACCUCCCCAACGUCGGGUUCUUGAUCUCAGUGGCCCUUGUGACUUACGCGUAUCAGGUGUUCUCGGAAAGCCGGUCGUUCGCGGGCUCGAGAUGGCCAGGAGGUAGUGGCAGUGGGGGUGUUUGGUGAGAGUACAGUGUAUGGAUUUUGAAUCGUCGCCACAACGAAUGCGUGUGUGAUUUCUUCGGACCUUUCUGUUGUGUGGAGAAUCGGAAUUUGUGGAUUUUCCGAUUUUCUUUUCCACUGAUGGAGAUAAUGUUAGAAAAUCGGUUAAUUCAAGCUCUCAGCGGCUUCAGAACUUGGUUCAAGAGUGAGAUUUCCUCAAGAAAAACGUUGAGUUAGUGUUUUAAUUCUUUAAGAAUCUGUUUCGAAACAAAAAAAUCGUAGUACAUCAUGUGAAUUUGAUCUUGAUUAAGAAUAAUCAAUGUUUUGUAAGUAGUAGAGUCUUAUGUACUUAUUCAUAAUUUGUAGGAAUUGUGAAAAGAUAAAUUCCUAAUACAGUAAUCCGUCCGUUAGUUUAGAUUUUCAUAAUCGUCCAUUUUAAGAGAAUGAAUUUUUGUUCUUGUGAAUAUCCGCCCAAAUGUUGACAGGAUGUGUGACAUGCUGCUGUAAAAAUCUUAGAAGAUUUUAAGUCAUUUCAUAAAAUGUAGUAGAUUAAUUACAUUGUCUCAAAAAAUCUUUAACCAAAUACUAAUGUAUUACACCAGGUACAUUAAGAAUAGGUGCCACUUUUAGUUUAUACUUUUUUAAAUCGCAGUUCUUCCAUUCUCCAGUGUGGCAGUUUUACCAAAUAUGGCAGAAAAGGUAAUAGCAAGGAGGCAUGCUCAUAUUUUAAUUGCCUGCAUCAGGUUUUCCUGCUGAAGAACUUUUAUGAACAUUGUUGGGACUUCUGAUACCACUGGUUUUCCAAAUUCGUAUAUUUUGCUCUUGUAACAAGUUUGUAUAAAAGUUUGGCAUUCUGAAAAUCGUUUAUUGUACAGUUGUUAAAAGCAGUGUUUAUUUGUCAGUGGACUCUAUAUUUCCGUACUGCAUCUGAAUUAAUGCUGUGCAUUGUAGAAUUUCAAAUUAGUUCAUCCGUACCAUAGUUACUGAAUGAAGCCAUUAUUCACAUACUUGUAUAGGAUGUGUGUUGUAUAUUUUUGUAUUACCAAACCUUAGAAACGGCAUGCAUGUAGACUGUAUGAGUAAAAUGUUUUGCAAAAUAGAUGUGCAAUAUGGAGUUGUACAUAAGGAAAAUUCAGGCAUUCCUCCCUAUUGUAAAUAUUUCACGAUAAGCAGUUACUGUUCUCAGAAGAAAAUGUGUUAUGUAUCACACAGGAAAGACCGUGA